GUCCAAAUUCAUGAUUACUUUUUACUGUCAAAGAGAGCCUUAAUGAUGUUUGUCAUUUUCACGCUCUCAAUGUUGGCCAAUGCCAAUUGGUGUUCACGCUCGGCCUUUAGAUCCUCACGGUCGAGCUCACGCUGCUGAAGUUCAGACUCAAAUUUUGGCGCUGGAAGUCAAGGACCUUGUCACGAGUAACCAAUUCACGUUCGCUCUCAGCCAUAAUCGCAGCAGCCAGACUAUUGCGACGGUUCCCAAGUGCAGGACGCUUUUAAGCGUCAUCGCCAUCAACGUCGUUUCGUCGCUUCAUCGUCUUCAUGGCCAUUUGGCGUACGAUAAGCCCACCUUGUUCAACUUUCUCUUUUUCGUAGCGCUUUUGCUGAUCGGUCUUCAGGUCGUCCAGCAAGGUAACGAUGUCAUCGAGAAGCAUAUGCUUCUCCUUCUCCUCUUCGUCAACACCAGAAAGACGUGCUGACACUGCAUGAAAUUUGCGAUGCUCGUCGACGUGAGCCAGAAAUCGAUUUUGUACCUUCUUGCCGUCUACGAUAAAUGCCGUCUUCUUGCGUCCAGUUGCGAUGCUUGUCCGUGUUGGCCAUUUGACUUUGGCUGUUUCUGGCUACAGCACGACUUUCCGUACAAUUGGC